GGAUCAUUUGGUUAUCUUGAUCAGCUGUUGUGAAAAAAAAAGUCAUCUGCCAUGCCACUCACGCCAUCACCUACUGUAAGUAGUGGUAGCUCACUUCAGCCAGCUGCUACACCUUCAUGCAUACAGGCACUUUCACAGAGUCCUGUUAACCUUAACCCUAUGUCCAUGGAGAUUGUGAAUUCUGGUUCAUCAGGAACCAUUGCCUCUUUGCCACAAGGGUUUUGUUUUACAGGCAAUCAGAUAGGAAAUGUAGCGUCCAACAAUGGCAACUCCUCAGCAACUACACAUUUGAAUUCAUUACCAUUAGGAUCAGUAUUCACUGUCACACCAAGUGGAAUACCAACACAAAUUGUGCAGCCUCUAACUGUACCCCAGCAACAAACAUUGACCCUAGUGAAUCAGCCACAUCAGCAGGGCCAUCAGCACAACAUACCUGUUUCUCAUUCCAUAAAUCUUGGACAGAAUCUUAGCGUUAUGUCACAGUCCAUCCCCUUGGGCCAGGUUGUGUGCUCAGUAGCUAACCCUAACCUCAAUUUUGUACACCCCACGCUGUUUAACAUGUCCAACCCAGGCAGCCAAAAUCAAUACAUAUCCAAUCCAUUUAGUCAGUUUCCAUUUAUGAUUGGCAGUCAACAGGGGAUUUUCACCAACAUUAGUGCAGCACCACCACUUUCUUCGCAGCCUGUGGAAGUCUCUGGGCCUGGAGUGUUGCCUCAAUCUCUUCAGAUGUGCAGUAAUUUGACAUUGUCUCCCCUAUCAAGCCAGCAAGUUUCUUUAAAUCACAUGCCAGUCAAUGAAAUCUCUGGCAACCCAGUUUCUCUGAGUACCCAGCCAGUCUCUGUGUUUUCAUUCCCAUCUCCUUCAAUGAGUGUUGCUUUACCUAUGAAGUCUUUGGAAAUGAGCAACCAGUCUUCCACUGAUACAGUUACUGUUGUUUCUUCAGAUGCUUUCAAUCAGAACAAUACUUUACCAGUGACUAACAUUGCUGAGAAUCAAAAUUUGUUAAACAAUACCUCUUCUUGCACUGCUACUGUAAGCCCUUCCAAGGCAGCCCAGCAUAUCACAGAAACUAAAGAAGACCAAACAAAUUCCUUCAAAUCACAUCCUGAAAAUUUAAAAGAAAGUUUAGAUGUGUAUACACCAAGGGUUGGUUUUGCUCGUAUGAAAUUUACUCCAAUACAGGAUGAAACCAAUGUCUUACCUUCUACUACAGUUUCUAAUGUAGACCACAAAGAAAAGAAAGAAGUAAAAACUGAGACAAAUGAAUUACAACACAGAUUACCAAACGAUAAUUCUGAGCUUGUCAAAGAUAUUGAUAUUAAGAAAGACGAUUCCCAAAAUCAUGAAGGUUUUGAUUCAAAAAAUAAAGAGCAUUUGCCUUCUUCAAGCACAAAUGGAGACAUUUUUGGAGAUACAGCUGAAGUGGAAGAUCUUGAUGAUUCAGAAUUUGUGUGGGAAGAGUACCUUAAAGAAACAGGUGCAAUAGCUGUCCCUCCAACUGCAUUUAAACAUGUGGAAGUUAGUUUGCAAAGUGGGUUUUCAAAAGGCAUGAAGUUAGAAGCUCCCAACAGGCACGACACCAACACAUACUGGGUGGCCAGUGUUGUCAUGACUUGUGGACCAUUACUGAGACUUCGAUUUGAAGGCUACAAAGAUAACAGCUCUGCUGAUUUUUGGAGUGACCCUAUGACUUCCGACAUCCACCCCAUUGGCUGGUGUGAGAUGAAUAAUAAAACUUUACAACCACCACCAGUAAUCCAAGAAAAGUAUCCAGAAUGGCAGACAUUUCUGUCUGAGUGUUUAAAAGAUGCUACCACAGCACCUGCCUACCUUCUAGACAAGUCAACAGGAGCUACUCCAGUAGAUCAGAUUAAAGAAGGCAUGAAACUGGAAAUACAAGAUUCAAUUAAACCCAACCAUUUGUGGUUAGUUAAAAUUAUUGAAAAUGUUGGUGGUCGAUUGUAUCUGCGGUAUGAAGGCAUAGAGAGUGCUGCUCAAGACUUCUGGAUGUUUUACCUGGAUGAACGAUUACAUCCUAUUGGUUGGUGCAAGUCUCAAAAUUAUCAAUAUGUGCCACCUCUGGUUGUUCUAAAUGUCACUGGUAAAACUGUUGACCAACUUCAAGAGACUGCCAGUAAUGUAAUAAAUGAUAAUAGUAGACAGAAUUUACCAGCAGACAUCUUCAAUGAUCAAGCUGAGAUAGUGUGUCACAGUUUUCAGCCUGGCAUGAAGCUUGAAGCCAUUGACCCGGUUAAUCAAAACAACAUUUGUCCAGCUACUAUAGUGGAAGUUAUUGAUGCUAAAUACUUCAUUGUAGAGAUUGAUGAAACCAGAAAUAUGGAGCCUGACAAAAAGACUCGCUUUGCAUGCCAUAAAAAUACUCAAACUAUUUUCCCUGUCAACUGGGCAGCAAGUAAAGGCAUUAAGCUAACCUGUCCUAAAGGCUGGAGUUCACCUGAAUUUAAAUGGUCAGACUAUCUAUUAAGAUGUAAUGCAACUGCAGCACCAGAAAGUCUUUUUGAUUUGGAAGUACCAGAGCAUGAAUUUGAAUGUGGAAUGAAGCUGGAAGCAGUGAAGCCUAGUCUUCCAUCUCAGCUCUAUGCAGCCACAAUUACCAAAAUAGUGGACCGCUUGAUAUGGAUACACUUUGACAGCAGCAAGAAAAUGAUGGACAGUCAUGUGGAAACUGUUAGCUCCUUCAAUUUGUUUCCCAUUGGCUGGUGUGUCAGUAAUGGAUAUCAACUGAAAUCUCCAGGGCGAAUCAUCAGCACACCUUUCAAAAAGCAAAUAGCUGUAGUUCAACCUGAAAUGACUGAAAUUCAUAGCACAGAAAGUCAUGUACACAGAGAGCUAUUUGGUGGACCCCAAAUAUACUUCAACCAUCGGUGUUUCUCUGGUCCCUAUUUAAGCAAAGGCCGUAUUGCUGGACUGCCUAGAAGUGUGGGCCCUGGACCAGUUACUCUAGUCAUGAAGGAGGUGCUCAGUAUGCUCAUUAACACUGCUUACAAAUCAUGUAAGGUGUUGAAGGAGCUACAGCUGGAUGGCAGACCUAACCCUAACUUUUCUCAACAAAUGUUGAAAGCAAAAUACAAAGGUAAAAGUUAUAGAGCAGUUGUGGAGAUAUGUCGAAGUGCUAAUCAGUUGGAAGACUUCUGUCAACAAGUUUGUAUUAAGCUACAAUGUUGUCCUUACCUUAUCAGCCCUCAUUUUGUCAAUGGACGAUGUCCUCAGAAUUGUGACCAGUUGACAAAAACUAAAUAUACCUAUUAUUAUGGUAAGAAAAAGAAAAAACUUGGACGACCUCCUGUGGGGUUUAGCAAUGUAGAGGAUGGACAAAAGAAAGUAGGCAAACGAAAGAAGAAAAAUGGCUUCUUGAACAGUCAUGCUGGUGAGGAUGACAAGGCAAGUAACUGUAGUGAUUCUAAAACAGUGGAUAGCAGCAGUACGUCAGGGUCUAAAGAAGUGAGAGAGGUGAAGCCAUUACAGAGUGGGUAUUGUGGUUUGAAGAGGCGGUAUACUCACCACAUACCUCCUCCUAGUGAGAUCAGGACCAGAGGAGCCAAGCUGCCCAAGUACAGUUUUGAGAAAAGAACUCACAAAAAAAUUUUGAUAGUUGAAGAAUCACAGCAGAGCAUCAAAUCCCAUAAAGAGAUUAUUAAGACUUCUAGAGUUGCCAAGUCUUGUCAUGAAAGCAACUUCUCAACUGUCAGAGCUGAGGCUCCCAUCAAUAUCAAAUCUGAGCAACCACUCAAACUUAUGAAGAAUCCCUUGGAGUGGUCUGUCUCGGAAGUGGGAGAGUUCCUUCAGACAACUGACUGUGCUGACAGAGAACUUGUGGCUCGACUCAGAACAGAGGAGAUUGAUGGUCAAGCCCUGUUGCUGCUAACUCUCCCCAAUGUGCAGGAGUACAUGGGCAUUAAGCUUGGCCCUGCAAUCAAACUGUGUCACCUCAUCGAGAGAAUCAAAUUAUCUUUUUACGAAACUUUUGCUAAGUAAAAUUGAAUGGAGAAGGUUUGAAUGUAUUUAUUGCCUGAUACUUGUCACAUUUCCAGUGUGCUGUACAACUGUGUUCAUUGAUGAAAUCUCAUCUCUCUCUUUGGUCUUGGAGAUUUACAAAUUGUAUAACAAGUUGAUUGUCAUUGAUAUCUUAGUUAAAGGUAUCAAAUUGGUGAAAUGAACUUGGAAGGAAUUACUACUGCUUUUUCAAUUUUGUGUUUGUUUACAUAUAUAGUAAUAUUUAUACAUAUUUCAAACAUUUCCUAUUUUAUUGAAUAUUGUGAUUUUGUGGGACAGUUGAUAAUGUUCUGUCAUAGAACAUGUAGUGAUCUAUGAGGGGGAGUUUGAAACAUUAUUAAUUGGUUUUGAGAUAUCUGUUCUGUAACACAUAACAUACAUCUCAGUAUUAAAAGAACAUAUAUAUAUUUGAAUUGACUAUUGUCCAUAUAGCAAAAAAAAAAAAAAUCAUAGCAUUUAAACUGUGAUAGAAUCAUAAAUUGUGUUCAUUUAUAAUGGACCUUGUAAGAGUCCUGUAUAUCCACUUAUGUACCAGUAGAGGGUUGUUGGAGACUUCCUUAUCCUUUCCAUUAAUAUGGUCAGGCCUGAGGUUGUUGUUUUUUUAGUGUAAUGUAGUGUGUUAAUGGUCAUGUAGACAGUCAAUGAGAAUAAAUCUACUUAUCAAAUGAAAAGCUAAAAAUUGUUUUACACCUUUCAACAUAAUAAAAUUUGGUAUUUCAAUAUGCUUUGAAGAACUACAAAUAGAUUUUCCAAGAUUUUACUGCUUAAAAUUUAAGUAUAUAUAUAUAUAUCUAUCUAUAUAUAUAUAUAUAUAUAUAUAUGGACUGGCAAGAAAGGCUUCCUGUCUGUGAGGUAUGAACUCUGGAAAGUCUUUAUGGUGUUUCCUGAGGUUGAAGUUUACCUGCUAUCAUCCACUGCCAUCCUGCAGGGCUUUUUUUUCUGUAACCAUCAUCUUAGAAUGUUUACUAAGAAUUGGUCAGUUUGAAAAUUGUCCUUCUUUUGCCAUAAUGAAAUUAUUGAGACUAAUUUUUCUUUUAUAAAUGAUUAAAGAAAAAACGUGAAGUUUAUAUGUACCUGUGUCAGUGUGUACAGUUGAGUGAAACUAUGUUAUAUAUUGUCAGUUGUUCUUACCUUUUGACACCUAGAGCUAGACUGAUUGGUCCUCAACAAGCUAUAUUACUACCAUUUAAUAUAAGGGACAGGUUAACAAUUUUAAGCUAUGCAUGCUCUAAUCUUGAUCUUAUGAAAGACAGAACAAAUAAUUCUCACUUCUUUGUUUUCAACAUCUUAAAGUUCAGCAUUUUAACAAAUUGUUCUAUGUACUGUUUGUAAUAUUAGAUAUACAUUUUCUAACUUGCACUGGGGUUCCAUUUCAAAAUUUAGGGAAAAUGGAUCUCUGAGAAUUUCUGUGUGGAAAAGAUAUUAUAACAGAAAUCUCCACAUCUGUGACUACUUGUGCACAAUGAUGAAAAAAAAAGUAAUAGUUAAAGCAAAUUGAAAAAAAGUUAUGAAAUUCAAUUUUACUUGUACCCAUUAUUAUGUUUUGUUAGCAGUCUGUAGGUGUUGAAUCUCAUCUGACCUUUUUGUUUGUACAUAGGUUUUUGACAUUAAAAUAUUUUCUCAAUAUCUGUAGUUCACCAUUGUGCUGCUAGAGCUACUUGAAUAGAUGAAGUCUUAGAGGUUUUGUAAUUCUUUGUCAGCCUAAUUUUGGACUUGUGCUCCUUAUUGGAAUCACUAUUGGCAAGUAAAUGUGUCCAUAUUUGAUCAGUGUUACGGAGAGAUUCAAGUCAUGGUUUGUUCUUGUUGUGGUUAAUGGUGUUCUUAGCCAGGAAGGUUUGUUUAUUUACAGUGUUAUGUGUCUGUGAAUUGGGAUGUAUUAGUCGUUUGAUUAGUCAUUUUUUGUGUUGUGGUACAUAGUUGAUACUAACAUCACACUGGAGAGUGAUAUAGUACCACUGAGACAAUUCAUUGUGUUUGAUAUUACUAUCAGUAGGGACCAAUUAAUGGUGACUAGAUGAUUCACUAAUAAAUAAGUGAUAUACUACAAUGGAACUAAGCUGUGAUCUGCAUGCACUUAUGGAUUUAAAUUUAAAGAUGGCUUAUAACAAAUAGAAUGAUUACCACCUGUGAUAAACCUGCUCCGGAGAUGGCUAAUAAAACGGCAACUAUUAAAACCAUGAAAGUAUUUCAUAAUGAGCAUUUAAGCAUAACAUGGUUUCUGGAGAGUACCAAACAUUCAGUGAAAAGUGUGAUUAUCGUUUUAAUGUUGAUAUUGCAUUUAUCAAAAAAAAAAGAAAAAGUCAUGUAUUAAUGAAAGUAGUGUAUGAUAUUACUUAAAAGUGACUUUGCUAUAUAGUUUUAAAAUGUUUGUGUUGUCAUUUUCUGCAACUUAAAUAAAUUCACUUCCUGAUUAUCUCAUUUUAUUGAGAAAAAAGGAGGCAUGUGUUAAAAACAAUACAUAACUGAUAUUUUUUUUUUUAUGUUAAACAAAAAGUACUUGUGAAAUGCUUUACAUCUUCUAGAGUAUCUGACAUUUUAUUUGUACAUUUUCAUUUCUCGCUGUCAAUGUUAACAACUUCCGCUGAUCUUUUAAGGUAAAUUGCAGUGCAAAAUGUUUUUAGUUGCAUGAUGAAAUUGAUUUUAAAAUUUGAGAAAUCUUUUGUUAGCUUAUUGUCUCGUUUCACUUUCUACAUUACACAAUUGACAUGUUGCUUUUAUUAAUUAGUAUAAUGCUCUAAUGAUAUCUUUAUUGUCAGUAAAUUAUUGAAUUGUUAAGGAAUUUUGAAUUAUUCAAAAGAAAAUGUAAUUUAAAUUCUAAUUGAAUGUAUUUUAGCAUUGUCCUCAAAAUGUUACAAUGUCUGACAUACAAUAAAAUUAAUUAUACAAGCAG